CCAGCACUACAAAGUGGGACCCGUACAGCCACCAUGGCUGAGCUGCCAUGUGCUGAGCCCCCGCCACGCUGCAGCGGCCGCUUCACCAUCAGCACGCUGCUGGCUGCUGAGGAGGCGGCGGGCUGUGAGGGCACGCAGCUCUCGGGCAGCUCGCUCUGCACCAGGACCUUUGGCUACAACACGGUGGACGUGGUGCCCGCCUACGAGCACUAUGCCAACAGCAGGGGUGUGGGUGAGGCCGGACGGGGGAGACCAUCGCUGGCGGACCUCCACUCCAUCCUCAAGCCUGAACCCGGCCACCACCUCCGUGUGCCGCUGCCGGACCCCCAGCGCAGCAACGGCCUCCCCGACACCGAGGAGGGGGCUGGCGAGCCGAGCAGCGCCCCUGCGCCAGAACCUGUCCGCUUCGGGUGGGUGAAGGGUGUGAUGAUCCGCUGCAUGCUGAACAUCUGGGGCGUGAUCCUCUACCUGCGCCUGCCCUGGAUCACAGCCCAGGCAGGAAUCGGUGGGUGCCUGCAGGGGAUGAAGGCAGCAGGCAUGGGGAGGAGGCCGUGGGGCUGCCAGCAGGGCUCGGCCCGGUGCAAUCCAUCCUCUCCUGCAGCCCUGACGUGGCUCAUCAUCCUGAUGUCUGUGACCGUGACCACCAUCACCGGCCUGUCCAUCUCUGCCAUUUCUACCAACGGCAAAGUGAAGUCAGGGGGCACCUACUUCCUCAUUUCGAGGAGCCUGGGACCGGAGCUGGGCGGCUCCAUCGGCCUCAUCUUCGCCUUCGCCAACGCAGUGGCCGUGGCCAUGCACACGGUGGGCUUUGCUGAAACCGUGCGGGAUCUGCUGCAGGAGCACGACUCCCUGAUCGUGGACCCCACCAACGACAUCCGCAUCAUCGGGGUGCUCACUGUCACCGUGCUGCUGGGCAUCUCGCUGGCUGGCAUGGAGUGGGAGGCGAAGGCCCAGAUCCUCUUCUUUUUGGUCAUCUUGGUGUCCUUCAUAAACUACCUGGUGGGGACGGUGAUCCCGGCCAGUGCUGAGAAACAAGCAAAGGGCUUCUUCAGCUACAGAGCUGACAUUUUUGCCCAGAACUUCGUGCCUGACUGGCGCGGACCUGAGGGCUCCUUCUUUGGUUUGUUCUCCAUUUUCUUCCCAUCGGCCACUGGUAUUUUGGCUGGAGCCAAUAUCUCCGGUGACCUGAAGGACCCUGCCGUGGCCAUCCCCAAGGGCACCUUGAUGGCCAUCUUCUGGACCACGGUGUCCUACCUGGUGCUGUCAGCUACGAUAGGUGCCUGCGUGCUUCGGGACGCCUCGGGCAGCCUGAAUGACAGCGUGGCGGUGGGCUCACCAGGCUGUGAGGGACUGGGCUGCAGCUACGGCUGGAACUUCACUGACUGCGCCCAGCAGCAGAGCUGCCGAUACGGCCUCAGCAACUACUAUCAGAGCAUGAGCAUGGUGUCGGGAUUCGGUCCCCUCAUCACAGCUGGGAUCUUUGGUGCCACCCUCUCCUCAGCGCUGGCCUGCCUCGUCUCGGCCCCCAAAGUCUUCCAGUGCCUCUGCAAGGACCAGCUCUACCCUCUCAUAGGCUUCUUUGGGAAGGGCUAUGGGAAGAACAGCGAGCCUAUCCGUGGCUACAUGCUCACCUACGUGAUUGCCAUUGGCUUCAUCCUCAUCGCCGAGCUCAAUGCCAUCGCCCCCAUCAUCUCCAACUUCUUCCUCUGCUCCUAUGCACUCAUCAACUUCAGCUGCUUCCAUGCUUCCAUCACCAACUCCCCAGGCUGGCGACCCUCCUUUCGGUAUUACAGCAAGUGGUCUGCGCUCUUUGGUGCCACGGUCUCAGUGGUCAUCAUGUUCCUGCUGACCUGGUGGGCGGCCCUCAUCGCCUUCGGCAUCGUUGUCUUCCUCCUGGGCUAUGUCCUCUACAAGAAACCAGAUGUCAACUGGGGCUCCUCCAUGCAAGCCAGCUCCUACAACCUGGCACUGAGCUACUCGGUAGGGCUCAGCGAGGUGGAUGAGCACAUCAAGAACUACAGGCCGCAGUGCCUCGUCCUGACCGGGCCGCCCAACUUCCGCCCAGCGCUGGUGGACUUCGUGGGCACCUUCACCAAGAACCUCAGCCUGAUGAUCUGCGGCCACGUGCUGAUGGGCCCCCGCAAGCAGAAGGUGCCCGAGGCCCGGCAGGCAUCGGAUGGCCACACCAGGUGGCUCCUCAAGAGGAAGAUCAAGGCCUUCUACACCAACGUGCUCGCUGAAGACCUGAGGAGCGGCGUCCAGAUGCUGCUGCAGGCCGCCGGCCUGGGGAAGAUGAGACCCAACAUUGUCGCGCUGGGCUACAAGAGGGACUGGCAGGCAGCUGCACCGCAGAGCCUGGAGGAUUACGUGGGCAUCCUGCACGACGCCUUUGAUUUCAAACACGGUGUGUGCCUGCUGCGGCUGCGGGAAGGGCUGAAUGUUUCCCGAGUCCCACAAGCCCACAGACGUGUCCGUGCUCCUCUCCCUCCACAGCUAACCCUGCAUUUGGGGCAGCAGAGCAUCCUGAUGGGAACGGCACUGGCAGCAGAGCAGCACCCGGCACAGGCAUCGGUCAGUGCUCAUCAGACCCCGAGCAGCAGGCAAGCACCAUCUUCCAGAGCCAGCAGGGCAAGAAAACCAUCGACAUUUACUGGCUCUUUGACGAUGGAGGGCUCACACUGCUCAUCCCCUACCUCCUCGGCCGCAAGAAGCGAUGGGGAAAAUGCAAGAUCCGGGUGUUUGUUGGUGGGCAGAUCAACAGGAUGGACGAGGAGAGGAAGGCGUACGGGCAGCGCAAAACGUGCACGGGCGUCCCGGCUCAGCAGCCGGUCGCUGAGCUCUGGGAACUGUCCCUCUCUCUGUGGCAGGAUCGUGUCCCUGCUGAGCAAAUUCCGCCUGGGCUUCCACGAGGUCCACGUCCUGCCUGACAUCAACCAGCAGCCCCGGCCGGAGCACAUCAGGAGGUUCGAGGAGCUGAUUGCACCCUUCAGGCUGAACGACGGCUUCAAGGACGAGGCAGCAGUGAACGAGCUGCGGCAGGGCUGUCCCUGGAAGAUCUCCGAUGAGGAGGCGCACAGGCACAGGGCCAAGUCGCUCCGACAAGUGAGGCUCAAUGAGAUUCUGCUGGAUUACUCGCGGGACGCGGCGCUCAUCGCCAUCACGCUGCCCAUCGGCAGGAAGGGCCGCUGCCCCAGCUCCCUCUACAUGGCCUGGCUGGAGACGCUCUCACAGGACCUGAGGCCCCCGGUCCUCCUGAUCAGAGGGAACCAGGAGAACGUUCUCACCUUUUACUGCCAAUAAAGCCUCCCACACCCCUGCCGCAUGAUUUUUUUCAGGCUGCGUUUGAGCGAUUCCAGGGGGUUUGGGGCAGUACCAGACGUGUGGGGUUCACAGCAAUGCCCAAAUGGCUGCAAUGGGGCUGCGGGGCUCCAAGGCAGCAAAACCUGCUAUGGCAAAAGUGAGCGUGGUUGGUUUCCAAAAGCCCCACGCUGGCAUCCUUGUUGCCCCACAUUCCCCCCCAGGAGAAACGUGCAACUCCAUUCACCUCCAUCAUCACAGCGUUUACUGAUCAUCGCCACCAGGAUGAGAAGUGUCAGUAGAAAAAUAAAAUGUACACAGCUCUCUAUCAUACAAAGGUUUGUUCAUGAUAGCUGCACUUGCUAAGGAGCCACAAAGCCAGGGCUGUACCCAAGCAGAGCAGCACACAGGAGGCUAGGAGGCGAAUCAAGACCUGCUCAAGCAGCGACUUUCUCAGGCCAGAAGGGCUUUGUGGAUGGGGCUCACAGCCCUGCCCACCAGGACACCUCAGCAUUUCCAUUUUCAGAAGUCGUUUACAGCUUUUGACAAGGUUACACCGCAGUGCAGCAGGAACUGCUCUUCUCCCAGCCGUGCCCAGGGUUUAUUUCCAGCCCGCUGCAACAGCUCUCAGCAUUUCUGAAUUCCAGCCUUCCUAAAUCCUUCUGUCCCAGCAAAGCCAACAGACACCUGCUGAAAGCUCCAGCUUGCCUCACUCCAGAUGGAGAUAAAGGGAACACCCUGUAUCUAAACAGAUCAUUUUUCCUGACUUUGGUUUGGGGAAGGAGGAGGAAGAUGCAGAGGGAGAGGCCCAACCUCCUCCACAAGCACAGCACGGCACACAGAAGGGCUCGUGCUCAGCACCCAUCAGGCAGUCUUACAGUGGUGUUUACUAACAAUCUGAACCUUGCCCACCUCAGGAGAAGGAUUCACAUUAAACUAGAACUCACAGUUUUAUUCCCUGGAUUAAAAUGGGUUGCAUUUUAGAGCAAUUUCAUUAAAAACUCCUUAAAAACGACUCUCUCCACCUGCUGGCAAAAAAAAAAAAAAAAAAAGACCAUUCACAAGACAUCUUAGCACAGUGAGAGAAUUGCUUUCAUGAUCAGCGUAGGACCUUGAUUGGAGUUGUUUCAGCACAGGGGCCGUUGUGUUUGUGGCCUUGCAAAAACUUGCUACAAAAGGUAAGCUGAUCUGGAGAGCAAAGGAUUUCUGUCACCACACAGGUGGGAAGCACGGCCUGGAGGCUGGACACAGAUGGUGCCUUCCUCCAAUCAGCUGCUAACAGAUUGCUGUGCCACCCAGCAAAAUCCUCAGCAUUCAGUGCCAGCUUCCCUGUGGGCCCAGAAAACAGACCAGAGAGCCCUGACUGCACAGCACACCUCUGGAAGACAGGGCAGAGCUCAGAAUUAGUUAAAUACCAUUUAAACCAAACCAACGCAUUAGGAGAGACUGUAGCAUGGCCAGAAGGAGUUGGUCUGGGCUUAUUUUUGCACAGCUCAGUGCUGACAGCUGGGAAGCUCUCAGGUGCCACAGGCUGGGUGUUUAAAACACAACACAUGGCCUCUAUGCCCCAAAAAGGCACCAGGUUCUCACCCACAGGGUCACCAAGGCAGGGUGCUGAGUUCUACAUAUGCCAGCUGUGGUGUCUGAAUACCUGCAGAGAUGCUCAGUCACACACCUACGUUCAACAAGUGAAAGGAGAGCAACACCACAGGUCUCCUUCAAAGCAAAAGCACACAUUCGUGCACCCCGAGAGUUGUGCUGUGAGCAGCAGGGUGCAGCUCCUGUGCAGGAGGCACAGCUUCGGAAGAGUUUCACUGCAAUGAAGUUCAUAAAGACUACAAUCAUUACUACACUGGUGAUUUCCCAUGCCUCAGCACUCAUAAUCACAGCUCUCAGCCACAAUUUUGCACUUUCAUCCAUUUAAAAUGUUUGGUUUUUUUCUUUUGCUGCUCCCCAGUCUCACUACGACCAUGACCUGGCAUAAGGAAGAUGGGGCCAGAAAAGAAAACAAUAAAGGAAGAUUCUCAUUAAAAGGAAAAAUAAAAAAAAAAAA